AUGGCUGCACAGACCACCCGCACAGCCAUCAAGCUCGACUGGACCAAAGUUGGUACUCAACUCGGUCUACGUGGCAGCACGGCCUCCGCUCUAGCCAAUUUCAAGAAGCGAAACGACGAUGCACGCCGCAGAGUGCAGGUCCUGUCAGACCAGCCUACGACGGUCGACUUCGGUCACUACCGAUCAAUUUUAAAGAACACCGCAGUCAUUGACGAAAUCGAGCAAUACUACAAAUCCUUCCAGCCCAAGACAUACGACGUCAGCAAGCAGAUCAAAGCCAUCGAGAGCUUCGAGCAGGUGGCUAUCAAGAAUGCUGAGGAGACCAAGAGCAAGGUCGAGGUGGAGCUGAGGAGCUUGGAGAAGGCUUUGGCCGACAUCGAGGGUGCCAGAUCAUGGGAUGAGACCACUGUGGACGAGAUCGCAAAGGCUGAGCCCGAAGUCGAUGAGUACACAGCCAGAUUGGUCAAGGGCGGAAAAUGGAUGCCACCGGGAUACCAGGAGAGAUUUCCCAAUCUGUCUGUUCUAUAG